UUCGCUGGGACGCUGCCGACAAAUAACGCUCGACCGCUCGCAAACGCAGGUGCGAUCAAACCGAGCUCGCUGAGGCGCACCUUUUAGUCGGGUCUAGUCUUCCUCAGUAGUCGCAUCUCUAAGUCGAAACUAAAAGAUGUUGGAUCCGUCAUCCAGCGAGGAGGAAUCGGACGGGAUAGUAGAGGAGGAGAGCAAAGAGGCGCGGGCCCCGCAGUCCGGAGGAUCGCGUGUGUCUCCGAACAGAGGCAACGAGAGUUCCGAACGCCUGCAGCCCGGGAGCCGCGGCAGCAGCGCCCGCCCCAGCAGCCCGAGUCCGUCCGCCGCUAGUGAGCACGACAAGGAGGAUGCUGAGAAGCUACAGCGGGAGGAAGAGGAGCGCAAGAAGCGCCUCCAGCUCUACGUGUUCGUCAUGCGAUGCGUCGCCUACCCGUUUAAUGCCAAGCAGCCGACCGACAUGGCGAGGAGGCAGCUCAAGAUCUCCAAGCAGCAGCUCCAGACCACCAAGGAUCGCUUUGAGUCAUUUCUCAAAGGAGACACUCAGAUCGUGGCAGAUGAGGCCUUCAUCAAUGCAGUUCAGAGCUACAAUGAGAUGUUUCUGAAGAGCGACCGUGUGGCCAAGAUGGUUCAGACAGGAGGCUUCUCAGCCAUGGACUGCCGCGAAGUGUUCAAGCGCCACAUCGAGAAGCGCGUUCGCAGCCUGCCUGAGAUCGAUGGCCUGAGCAAGGAGACGGUGCUGAGCUCCUGGAUGGCCAAGUUUGAUACCAUCUACCGCGGGGACGAGGACCCACGCAAGGCUCAGCAGCGCAUGACUGCCAGCGCCGCAUCCGAGCUCAUCCUCAGCAAAGACCAGCUCUACGAGAUGUUCCAGCAGAUCCUCGGCAUCAAGAAGUUCGAACACCAGCUGCUGUACCAGGCCUGCCAGUUGGAUAAUCUGGAUGAGCAAGCCGCUCAGAUCAGGAGGGAGUUGGACGGGCGUCUGCAGAUGGCUGAUCAGAUUGCCAGGGCGGGCAAGUUCCCCAAAUUUGUAUCAAAGGAGAUGGAGGCCAUGUACAUCGAGGAGCUGAAGUCAUUAGUGAACCAGCUGAUGGCAAAUCUGGAGAGCAUGCCUGUGUCCAAGGGAGGAGAAUUUAAACUUCAGAAGCUGAAGCGAGGACACAACACUUCCAUCAUCGACAUGGGCCAAGAGGAUGAGAACCAGCUGUCCAAGUCAGAUGUAGUCCUCUCCUUUACCCUCGAGGUGGUGAUCAUGGAGGUGCAGGGAUUGAAGUCUCUGGCACCAAACCGCAUUGUGUACUGUACCAUGGAGGUGGAGGGAGGAGAGAAACUGCAGACUGACCAGGCUGAGGCCUCCAAACCAACAUGGGGGACUCAAGGAGACUUCACCACUACGCAUCCUCUACCUGCAGUCAAGGUUAAACUGUUCACUGAGAGUACAGGAGUGCUGGCGCUGGAGGACAAAGAGUUAGGCCGGGUCGUUCUACACCCGACCCCAAACAACCCAAAGCAGUCCGAGCUGCACAAGAUGACCGUCACCAAGGCCUGUCCAGACCAAGACCUGAAGAUCAAACUUGCUGUUCGUAUGGAUAAGCCACAAAACAUGAAGGCCUGUGGUUAUUUGUGGGCUUUUGGGAAGAAUGUGUGGAAGCGCUGGAAGAAGCGAUUCUUCGUUCUGGUCCAGGUGAGCCAGUACACCUUCGCUAUGUGCAGCUAUCGGGAGAAAAAGUCUGAGCCCCAGGAGUUGCUGCAGCUGGAUGGUUACACUGUGGAUUACACCGACCCACAGCCAGGUUUGGAUGGCGGCCGUGCUUUUUUUAACGCCGUAAAGGAGGGUGACACUGUGAUCUUUGCCAGUGAUGAUGAGCAGGACCGCAUUCUAUGGGUGCAAGCCAUGUACCGGGCCACUGGCCAAUCACAUAAACCGGUCCCACCCACCCAGGUCCAGAAACUUAACUCUAAGGGUGGAGCUUCUGCGCAAAUGGAUGCUCCCAUCUCUCAGUUCUAUGCCGAUAGGGCCCAGAAGCACGGCAUGGAUGAGUUUAUCUCGGCUAACCCUUGUAACUUUGACCACGCCUCACUGUUCGGGCUGGUGCAGAGGCUCACGCUGGACCACAGGCUCAACGACAACUUCGCCUGCCUGGGUUGGUUUAGUCCCGGUCAGGUCUUUGUGCUGGAUGAGUACUGUGCUCGCAAUGGGGUGAGGGGAUGCCACAGGCACUUGUGCUACCUUAGAGAUCUGCUGGAGCGAGCCGACGCGGGUAACAUGAUCGACCCAACACUGCUGCACUACAGCUUCGCUUUCUGUGCUUCUCACGUCCAUGGCAACAGUCAGAGGGGGUCUGAGUUACAGGGGGCUGGCUUUAAGCCGGAAGGCAAAACGGAGACUAAAAAAAGGAGGAGCUUUAAAUCUCAACAAGCUCCAGUCUUUAUAAGGCCCGACGGUCUUGGAACAGUGACUGUGGAGGAAAAAGAACGCUUUGAGGACAUUAAAGAGCGGUUACGCGUUCUACUGGAGAACCAGAUCACAAACUUUAGAUAUUGCUUUCCUUUUGGCCGCCCUGAGGGAGCAUUGAAAGCCACUCUGUCUCUGUUGGAGAGGGUUCUGAUGAAGGACAUCGUGACCCCGGUGCCACAGGAGGAAGUUAAGACUGUCAUCCGUAAAUGCCUGGAGCAGGCAGCUCAGAUCAAUUACCAGCGCAUUACUGAAUACGCUACAGUGGAAGGAAAAAAGAGGGAAAUGUAUGAUCACCCUGUCUACUCCUUGGCUACACAAGUGAUGGAUUUAACCAUCCAAAACGUAGCCAAUCUAGCUACGCCUGCCAAAAAAUUGGAGCAUGUGAUCCGCCUGGCAGAACUAGUCAUCGAGGUCCUCCAGCAAAAUCAGGAUCAUCAUGCAGAGGCUGCGGUCACAAGUACAGGAGACCAGUCGGCCUUCGCAUGGUGGUCAGAUCUGAUGGUGGAACAUGCUGAGCACUUUUUGUCCCUCUACGGUGUCGACAUGGACGCCGCUCUUGAGAUCCAGUCUCCCGAAAGCUGGGACAGUUUCCCUCUCUUCCAGCUGCUGAACGACUUCCUGCGGACUGAUUACCAUCUGUGCAAUGGCAAGUUCCACAAGCACCUGCAGGACCUGUACGCUCCGCUGGUGGUGCGAUACGUCGACCUAAUGGAGUCGUCCAUUGCUCAGUCCAUUCACAGGGGCUUUGAGCGCGAGUCAUGGGAGCCCGUAAAGAGUUUAACAAGUAAUCUGCCCAAUGUGAAUCUACCAAAUGUGAACCUCCAAAUUCCCAAAGUACCAAAUCUUCCUGUACCAGUAGCAGGACUAUCUGUUAACCUUCCACAAAUGCCUAGCUUUUCCACUCCAUCCUGGAUGACUGCUAUUUAUGACUCUGAUAAUGGAUCAGGAACAUCCGAGGAUUUGUUCUGGAAGCUGGAUGCCCUGCAGACUUUUAUCAGGGACCUGCACUGGCCCGAGGAGGAGUUCGCCAAGCAUCUAGAGAACCGGAUGCAGCUCAUGUCCAGUGACAUGAUUGAGUCCUGUGUCAAACGCACCAGGGCAGCGUUUGAGUCCAAGAUAGCCAAGAGUAGCCGCUCCACAGAUUUCCGCAUCCCACUCUCCUUAUGCACCAUGUUCAACGUGAUGGUGGAUGCCAAGGACCAGUCAGCUAAACUUUGUGCCAUGGAGAUGGGCCAGGAGAAACAGUAUCACUCUAAAAUUGAUGAACUCAUUGAAGAGAGUGUGAAGGAAAUGAUUAACAUCUUAGUGGCUAAGUUUGUGGCGAUUUUAGAGAGCGUUCUAGCCAAGAUCUCAAGGUAUGACGAGGGAACCCUCUUCUCCUCGUUCCUUUCCUUUACGGUGAAAGCAGCGUCAAAAUAUGUGGAUGUUCCUAAACCAGGAAUGGAUGUCGCUGAUGGCUAUGUGACCUUUGUCCGUCACUCUCAGGACAUACUGCGAGAUAAGGUCAAUGAGGAGGUGUAUAUAGAGAGGUUAUUUGAUCAAUGGUAUACAGCCACCAUGAAUUUGCUGGGGACCUGGCUCACUGACCGAAUGGACCAACAGCUCCAUGUGUACCAGCUCAAAAUCCUCAUCAGGAUUGUAAAGAAAAAGUAUCGCGACUUCAGGCUGCAAGGCGUUCUCGACUCAACACUGAACAGCAAGAUGUAUGACACAGUCCGGAACCGGCUCACUCUGGAAGAGGCCACUGCUUCAGUCAGGGAGGGUGGCAUGCAGGGCAUAACCAUGAGGGACAGUGAUGAAGAGGAUGAGGAGGAUGAUUAGAGCACCAAGGCAGUCGGUGCGACCUGAACCCAACCCCUUCUCGAACCUUCCACCACUCUACCCUUUCCAAACAUAGCCUGGUAACAGAAGAUGCAUGUACCCACUCUGAUUACUCCAGUUAGCCAUCGUAGGACCUCCCAUCAUCUGCUCGAAAUGGCCACAAACAGAGCUAAAGUGGAGAAAAAGCUAGUAAUUAUACAAAGUAAGUAAAAAGAAAAGUUAUUUAAAAGAAGACAGUUUUAGCUGUGUGAAGAUAGAAAAUUAAGUAUAAUAUAUAAAAAAGUAAGAUUUUUGGACUAAUUUAUUUGGGAGUUUAUUUCUGUGUGUUCCUAAGCAAUAUGGAGUACCAUCUGUUUGACGAUGUCGAGUGAGAUAAUUAGGUGUGUCCCUGUCCAAUGCGAUUACAUAUAUGGCGCUUCUUUGACGUACUCUUACAUACAUUUAUGGUACAUUGUCGUGAUGAUGAGUGUCUGGAUCCUCUUCUUUGUCUUGUCUGUUUCUAAAGUGGAUGCCAACUGCUUUAAAACUGAAAAUGAAACUCUGUACUUAAGUUAAAAGUUGUUAAUGUAAAUGUCCUCUGUGUCUGCACAUUCUCAUAAAAUGUAACCGUUUCAGUUGUUUUUACUUCUUGUGCUGAGGCUCUGUGACUCCUAAGAGAAUCUCACGAUGCAUCUCAUUAACAAAGCAGUGUCUCACAUUCAUCUUAAAAUUAAAAGGAAUUGGUAUUCUAAAAAGGCAAUAUUCUAUUAGCUCCAUUUUGAUAUCUUAUUGGAGAUAUUUUAUUUAGACGUCAGAAUUGACUACAAAAGAAUAUAUUUUUGUUUAGUUAAACUUUUACAAUGGACCACGAUUUUUUUGCUUUUUUUGUGUUCUGUCAAAGCCAUUUUUUUGUUAUUAUUUGCAUAGGUGCCAUUUUGGGGGUCUCACUAUUGUUUUGUAUAUACACACAGCUGUACAAUGCAUUCUGAGCCAUUACUGCAUGCCUCCAGAAGCGCUGUUUUUCUUUUCUGUGUUCGUUAGCUGGUGAAUUCAUUCUUGAGUUUGCCUUAUAAAAGCCAACAGUUGUUAUAUGCAAGAGCUGUGGCCUCUCAAUAAAGAUAACUGUACAAUACA